GGAUGGCUCUUCAUAUUCAUGAAGUUUGCAUACUUCUGUUGGUCAUCCCUGGAUUGGUUACCUCUGCUGCCAUCAGUCAUGAAGACUAUCCUGCUGAUGAAGGUGACCAGACCUCCAGUAAUGACAAUCUGAUCUUUGACGACUAUCGAGGGAAAGGGUGUGUGGAUGACAGUGGCUUUGUAUAUAAGUUGGGAGAACGAUUUUUCCCAGGACAUUCCAACUGUCCAUGUGUUUGUGCUCUGGAUGGACCUGUUUGCGACCAACCCGAAUGCCCUAAAAUUCACCCAAAGUGUACUAAAGUGGAACACAAUGGAUGCUGCCCUGAGUGCAAAGAAGUGAAAAACUUUUGUGAAUAUCAUGGGAAAAAUUACAAAAUCUUGGAGGAAUUUAAGCCCUCUCCAUGUGAAUGGUGUCGCUGUGAGCCCAGCAAUGAAGUUCACUGUGUUGUAGCAGACUGCGCAGUUCCUGAGUGUGUCAACCCAGUCUAUGAACCAGAGCAAUGUUGUCCUGUCUGCAAAAAUGGUAAGACCAUACUGCAUUAGCUUUCGAA